CUAAACGCCACGUCGGUUUUCAGAGAGGAGCAGAGCAUCAGCUGUGCGGCGGUUUCUGACGGUUUUUAGGAAAUCUUUCAGACGAGUAGCCUUACGGAGCCGAGCGCGGUCAGCAGACAGGUGAGAUGAGGGUCCUUCCCCUGUCUGUGCUGCUGCUGGUGUUUGGGUUAGCGGUGUUAGCAUCCCAGCUAACCGAUGCUCACUCCCACUCCCAUGACCACGGUCAUGCCCACUCGCACGGCCAUCACGGACACCACCAUGGGCAUUCUCAUGGUGAGGGUGGUUGCCAUGGGCACCAUCAUGGGCAUUCUCAUGGUGAUGGUGGUUGCCAUGGACACUCCCAUGGUGGUGUGAAGAUGCACCACGGUGCCAGCAAGUGGAGUGAGCAAGCAAACCUGCAGCAUACAGAAGAGGAGCAGCUUCAGCAUGACCACGGACAUGACCAUGACCACGGGCACGGACAAGACCAUGACCACGAGCACGGACAAGAACAUGAACAUGACCAUGACCACGAGCACGGACAAGAACAUGACCGUGACCAUGACUACGGGCACGGACAUGAACAUGACCAUGACCAUGGUCAUUCACACGAUCACGGUCAUUCACACGACCACAGUCAUUCACACGACCAUGGACAUUCACACGAGCAUGGUCAUUCACACGACCAUGGGCACACCCACAGCCAUGGUACCAGUGGAGAGAGGGUGAAGAGAGAGGCGGAGGGCGAGAGACGGAACACAGUGGAGCUGUGGAUGCAGGCAGUCGGAGCCACUCUGCUGAUCAGCGCUGCACCCUUCCUCAUCCUCUUCCUCAUCCCUGUCCAGUCAAACACGGAUCAGCACCAGAACCUGCUGAAGGUUCUGCUCAGCUUCGCCUCUGGGGGUCUGCUGGGAGAUGCCUUUCUGCACCUUAUUCCACAUGCUCUGGAACCCCACUCCCACCAUGGAGACGAGGGCCAUGGCCACUCCCAUGCCAGCAAAGAGUCCCAUGGUCACUCUCACGGUGCAGCUCAUGAUCACAUGAUGUCUGUAGGUCUGUGGGUGCUUGGAGGUAUCGUGGCAUUCCUGGUGGUCGAGAAGUUUGUUCGUCUGCUGAAGGGGGGGCACUCUCAUUCACACUCUCACGCUGCCCCAAAAGCAAAAGACAGUGAUGGAGAAGAGAAAAAGGACGAUGUGAAAAAAGGAGAGAAAGAAAAAAAAGAUAAGAAGGUGAAGAAAGCAAAGGCGGAGAGUUCAGAUAUCAAAGUGUCUGGCUACUUGAAUCUGGCGGCUGAUUUCACUCACAACUUCACGGAUGGUCUUGCUAUCGGAGCCUCCUUCCUGGUUAGUCCAGCGGUCGGCGUGGUAACCACUAUCACCAUCCUCCUGCAUGAGGUGCCGCACGAGAUUGGAGACUUCGCCAUUCUCGUCCAAUCAGGAUGCACCAAGAGGAAGGCGAUGUUUCUUCAGCUCCUCACUGCUAUUGGUGCGUUAGCCGGGACGGCCUGCUCCCUUCUGGCAGAGGGAGUGGGCGCGGCCGCCACGGCCUGGAUCCUCCCCUUCACGGCCGGCGGCUUUGUUUACAUUGCCACAGUUACCGUCCUUCCAGAGCUGCUGGUUGGCCGCUCCAGUGUGGGCCAGUCAUUGAUGGAGAUCAUCGCUCUGCUGUUCGGAGUCGGCAUGAUGGUGCUGAUCGCAGAGUACGAGUGAGGAAGGACGGAGGUUAAAGAACAGAUAAACAGCAGGGGGACGAGAGAGAGCUGAAGACGGGGUGUUUGGCUGUUAGAAUUUUUGAGACUCAGGGGAUAUAAAGUACAAAAGAGAAUGAUGUUUAAAUGUUACCGUUGAUGACUAUUGAUGCAUGUGUGAGUAAGUGAGACGAGUGAAACUGGAGGCCUUUGAAAGAGAACUGCACUAAAAUGUCCAAAGACCCUGCAUUCAUCUGCUCAACCAGCUCCCCCAGAGACCAGCAUUGUGGGGCUUGUGGGUUGGAAGUUCAAUCAAAAUUCCUGAAUAUGUCCUAGAAAUAGGAGUGAAUUACUCUCAGCACACGCACACGUUUAAGGAGGUUAUGCUUGAGCUUAAUUGAUUACUUUGCUAAAAUAUCAUGUCAUAUCAAAAUGUAGAAUAAAGAUGUGAUUUUUUGUUUUUA